UUUAAAUACAGUUGCAUGUUGUGAUUAAUUUUUAUUCAUUUUAAAAUAAUAAUAAUAACAAUCAUAAAUACUAAAGAUUAUCUGUUGAUAAAAAUUUAGCAAUCCUACCUCGACUGAGCAAAUCGGAGGAAAAACAAGUUGGAUUAUACAGCAAAUCACAAUCUUACCGGAAGAGUUUAUAGUUUAUGGUCGUGAUUAAUUUGUUGGAAGUUAUCUUGAGCAAUUAUAUAUUGUGUAUUCGCUUUUUCGGCGCAAAGUUCGGAUAUUAGUGACGUUGACGAAACGUAGUUAGAGAAGAUAGUGUAAUGAAUUGGUUAUGUAGAAGAAACUAAGCUUAGGAGAUUGAAAAGAAGAAAUUCAAUGAAAUGGAGAGAUCAAAAGUAUUAUUAGGAACUACCUUAUGGUUUUUAAUCCAUUUUUUGGUUCAUUUGGAACCACACAAUACCGGUGUGUUUGGUUAUGAAGUAACACAUAAGGAGUAUGUGAAUUCUUUAAAUAAUGAGCAGGAGUUGGAUAAUUUUAUCUUGAGAAGAACGAAGCGAAAGUCAAUUGAUACAGGCAUGGAGCCACAUACUUUUUUUGUUGAUCCUAAAUGUCGUGAUGAUCUUCGUCGAUUAUGUGGCGCUAUGGACAAUAAUGAUGACGAUUUAUUUAUGUUAGAGUGUGUGCAAACAUUCAAGCCCAAUGAAGUUUCUGCAUUAGAAGAUCGUUGUCAGCAUUCGAUCUGGACACAAAUCACUAAUUUAACCAAGAAUGAAAACAUUGAAAGGUUCAUUAAAAAAGCUUGUGGUGACGGUAUUGAUGAUCUUCAAUGUUCUGCAGCAGAAAAAGAACCUGGUAGUUAUUUAGCUUGUUUAAUUGAAAAACGAGAAAAUGUGAAGGAUCAACAAUGUUCAGAAUAUAUACAGAGAUUAGAGUGGAUUGCUUUUAGUGAUUUUAAAAUCAUUACUCCAAUGGUGAAUGAUUGUCGGAUGGAUAUUGAUAAGUAUCAAUGUGGUAGAAUACAACAAAACCAAGAUAUAUCUCAAGGGCAUAUGUUAGCAUGUCUUCAAGGUCAUAUUGAAGAGCUAAAUUCCAAGUGUAGAAGAAUUAUUUUUAAGAUAUCUGAAAAUCAAGCUGAUAAUAUCAAGUUAGAUCAUCAAUUAUAUAUGGCUUGUAUUCAAGAUCAUCUAAGAUUUUGUUCAAGCAUUCGUCCAGGACGUGGAAAUGUAUAUAAAUGUCUUAUACAGCAUCGGACAGAUCGUGAAAUGUCAAGACAAUGUCAAGAUCAAUUAACGAGACGAGAGAAACUUAUUGCUUCUGAUUAUAGAGUAAGUCGAGGUUUGGUUAGAUCAUGCAAAGAUGACAUUAAAAACUACCACUGUCGAAGACUUGUUUCUGAUGAUAAAGAAAUUAGACUAGCCCAGAUAUUACUUUGUCUUGAGUCUGUGAUGAAGAAUGGCAGCAAAAUUGAUCCCGAUUGUCAAAGAGAAAUGUUUGAUCAUCGAAAAAUGCUAAUGGAAGAUUAUAGACUGUCUCCAGAAGUUGUAGAUGAUUGUUCAAAAGAUAUUUCUAAGUUAUGCAAUGGACUUGAAGCUGAUGGACAUACGAUUCAUUGUUUAAUGGAACACGCAAAACCGAGAAAACGAAAAGCAAGAAUUUCUACAGAGUGCCAAAGAGCUUUAGAAUCUUUAGUUAAAAAAACGGAUGCAGGUGAAGAUUGGAGAGUUGAUCCAAUCCUUCGUGAAGCUUGUCAACCAGUUGUUGAUUCGUCUUGUCGUGGUAUUCGCGGAGGAAAUGCCAGAGUUAUUUAUUGUCUUAUGGAAAAAAUUGGGACUGAUAGAAUGCUUGAAGCAUGUGAAAAUGCACUAAUUCAAAUACAAUAUUUUGUUGCAAGAGAUUAUAAACUUGAUCCGCAAUUAUAUAAAGCUUGUAAAGCUGAUGCAGUUCAAUUUUGUCAUGCUAAGAGUGCUUGGGCUGACGAUGGAAGUCAAAUGGAUCCUGAAAGAGGUCCUUUGGUAUUACCAUGUCUUUAUAGAUACGCUGAUCAUCCACAGAAAAAUAUUUCUUUAAGAUCUGAAUGUUUGGAAGAAAUUCGAAGGAUAAUGAGACAAAGGGCUAUAAGUGUAGAUCUUCAACCCGAGAUUGAAGAAGUAUGUUUAAAUGAUCUAGCAACAUAUUGCUACGAUAAAACAGCUAAGGGAGAAGAAAUACUUUGUCUUCAAGAUAAUUUGGACAAGUUGAAAGAAAAAUGUAAAUCAGCUGUUAGUAAUCUAACAGAAGACCAAGCAGAAAGAGUAGAGUUAAAUCCUGUUAUCAUGUCAGCUUGUCAAAGAGUAAUGGAAAAACAUUGUGAAGAUGUAUUGAAAUUCGGUAAAGACGAAGGUGAUAUGAUGGAGUGUUUGAUUGAACAUAAAAGUGAAUUAGAUCGUUUUGAUUACAAAUGCAAAGCAGCUAUUGAACAUUUUCAACUUAUCUCACUUCAAAAUUAUCAUUUCACUUACAAAUUUAUGAAAGCAUGUAAACCUCAUGUUGAUCAUUGGUGUCAUACAGCCACUACCACAGCCGAAGUUAUUAAAUGUCUUAGUUCUAUUGUUCAAGAAGAUAUUAUGAAUGACAAUCAGCACAGAGUGCUAAAAGACUGCCGAGCACAAUUGAGAGCACAACUUUAUCAACAACGAGAAAAUAUACAUUUUGAUGUUGCUCUUCAAGAGGCUUGUACUUUAGAUAUUCAAAAAUUCUGUAAUGGAGUUGAUCCUGGAAAUGCUCAGGUUUUAGAAUGUUUAGUUGCGAAAAAAUCCAAAUUAUCAGAUACAUGUCAUAAGCAGUUAUUCAAAGUGAGACAACAAGACUUUCAAGAUAGUUCUAGUGAUUUCUUGUUGCUAAAUACUUGCCGCUCAAUGAUUGGACAAUUCUGCCAUGAUGAUAUUGAUAAAUCUAAAGCACUAGAGUGUUUGAAAAAAUGGAAGGAUGAACCAGCAUUCGAUGAUAAGUGUAAGAAUGUCGUAUUGAAACGGAUGAUUGAACAAAAUACGGAUUAUAGAUUUAAUGUAGCCUUGCAAGCAGCUUGCUCUCGAGAUAUCAAUAGCCAUUGCAAGGAAGUUUUGAAACGUGAACCAAUAGAUCAAGAGCUUGAAGGAAAAGUCAUUAGUUGUUUGAGGAUUAAAUUUAGAGAGGCCAAAUUAACUAACAAGUGCAUGAAACAAAUGACUGUAAUUCUUCGUCAAGCAGCUCUCAAUUAUCAUUUGAAUCCUUUACUUGCUACGUUAUGCGCUCACGAGAUUGAGACAAUUUGUCAUGCUGAUGAUGAUGAUCCUGGAAAAGUUGAAGAAUGUUUGAAAGUAGAAUUUAAUAAUAACAAUCCAGACAUGAGAGAAGAAUGUCGAGUAGAGAUUGCUAAUCUCAUUGAAGAAGCUAAGGCUGAUAUCAAUGUGGAUCCAUUACUUCAGAAAGCUUGUAGUGUAGAUAUUGCCAAGUAUUGUAGUGAUGUUGCACCAGGAAAUGGAAGGCAUAUAAUAUGUCUUCAAACUGUCAUGGAGGACAUGAAAAGAAAACCUCUUCAACUAGACUGCUACAAAAUGUUAUCAGCAAGAAUUGAAAUGUUCAAAAAUGCCGUUAAAUUGCAUUUCCCAAACACUUUUGGAGAAUUGUAUUCAACUGUAAAUCAAUCACCAGCCAGGAAAUAUUUCAUGGUCGUAUCAUUGACGAUGAUUGGUGUGAUCUUUAUUGUUGGUCUAUUUUGUGGUAGAGUUACUCGAAGAACGAUGAUGAUGAAAAAUAAAUAAGGAAGAAAAGAUGAUAAUUUAAACUAUAAGUAAUUUAAAUUUUAAAAUUAAUUCAGUACAACACAGCACAAUUGUUGAACUGAUAGAAUUUUUAGACUAAUUUUUAGCUAAAUUUGUAAAGAUGGUAUUCUUUACAUUUUGAAUUUUAUACAAUCAUUCUGUUUUUAUACAAAUACAUAAAAUAAAAAAAAGGAAACUUGGAAGAGACUUUUAAAUAAUUUUAUACGUCUUCCAAUGUUUCAAAAAAUAUUGUUUUAAGUACCGUUGUAUAUUAGUUAUAAGACCGUUUUUAAUUAUUAU